AUUUCUGGCUUGGGCACCAGGAUGGCACAAUUUGAGGACAUCAUCUCCAAAAGUGAUCAAGUCGAUUCAGGAUCUCCUUCUGUUUACCAGCUGAGAACAAAGAAACAGAAGAGUGGAUCUCUGACUCUAACUGUUGGUGAAAAACAAGAGACCAAACCAAAUAAAACCAUCUUACUAGUUGGUGAAACAGCAACAGGAAAAUCUACUCUGGUCAACGCUCUGUUCAACUACGCUGUGGGAGUGAAGUUUGGGGAUGAUGUCUGGUUUCAGCUUGUAGAGGAUCAGACAGGAAGUCAGACAUCAGAUGUGAUCGUCUAUCAGAUCUUUGGUUUUGAGGAUCAAACUCUGCCGUUCUCUCUGACCAUCAUUGAUACGCCUGCAUUUGGAGACACACAAGAUCCUGAUCAUAUCAGGACCAACCAGCGAUUAAUGGAGUUAUUCCAAUCAGCUGAUGGGAUCCAGGAAGUUCAUGCAGUAGGUCUGGUGAUGAAGGACGAGGAGAAUCCAGUCACUGACCAACUGAAGAACAUCUAUGAUUUCAUCAAGUCUCAGUUUGGAAAAGAUGUGAAGAAAAACAUCAUAGCUCUGAUGACAAACUCACAGGGAAAACCACCUAGAAAAGUUCUUCAAGCUCUUGAAGCUGCAAACAUUAAAUGUGCCAAAAAUGAGAAGAAUCAACCAUGUAUCAUCCAGUUUGAUAACUGCCAGGAUGAGGAGAGAACAGAAGAAUCUGAAUUAUCUAUAGAAAAUGCUUGGAAAGUAACAGAAAGAGGAAUGAAACAGUUCAUAGCCUUUCUGGAAAAAUCUCCACCUCUCCAGCCUGAAGUUAUAUUGGAACAUCAUAAAGAACGGAUCAGACUGACAGCCUGCAUCCAGAACCUGCUGGAGAGAAUCAGGUUCACUGAGUUAAAAAUGAGAGAUGUUGAACGAACUCAAGAAGCUCUUAGGAUUAACAAUCAGAAGAUGAAAAGGGAUAAAAGCUUUAAUGUAUCUAUCCCUGAGGCCUACAAAGACCUGCAGCCUCCUAGAGAUGGAAGAUGUAGUUAUGAAACAUCUCUCUGCUGUCCUGUUUGUAAGGAGAACUGUCACUAUCCUGGAUGCACAAAGGCUUUAAAUCCUGAACAGUGUGAAGUGAUGAUAGAUGGAAAAUGUACUUCAUGCACCAACAAGUGUCCUGCAUCAGAUCAUGUUAAACAAAAUCGGCAAUGUGUGAUCAGGACCAACAAGGUUGAGAAGACUAAAGAAGCUUUAAAGAAACAGGAAGAUGAGAUGGAGAGGGAUAUAAACUUCAGUAUGGAAGUUGAUGAGGUCUACAAGGAAAAAGAACCAAUCAGAGGAGGGAAGUGGGGGUUGGUGUUUUUAGAAGGAGCUGUCACCUGUUCAGUCUGUGAGGAAAACUGUCACUAUCCUGGAUGUACAAUGGCCCAGAAACCAGCACACUGUGAGGUCAUCAAGAAUGGUCACUGCACAGUUUGUACCAACAAGUGUCCUGCAUCAGUUCAUGUCAAAGAAAACUGGAGUUAUGUGACAAAGACCAGAAAAGUUCAGAAAACCCUGGAGGCUGUGAAGGAGAAAUAUGAUCAGAAUAAAGCAGAAUGUGAGAACAAAUCAACUCUUUUGGAAAACCUUGAAAAGGAAACCAACAAUCUGACAGUAGAAAGGUCGGAGCUGCUGGAUGAGGCCUACAGUCAUGUUAUCAGACUGGAGCAGAUCGCCCUGAAAGUCGACUCAGUGUCCACUUUGGUCCAUCUGGACUUCCUGAUUGAGAAGAUGAAGGAAAAAGGAGACCAGGAGAAGGUCAAGAAACUGGAGAAGAUGAAGAUCAGGAUAGAGAAAUAAACUGAAGGUUAAACCCAACAGCAGAAAGUUGGGAAAAUGUUUAAGGAAACUCUGAAAAUAAAGCAAUAAGGAGUUUUAUUUUAACCCCUGUUUGAGCUAAACAUGAUGCAUCAUCAUCGGUUAAAGCUUAGAGAAUAUUUUACAUUGCAAAUAUUUAUUACUGUAAACCCCAAAUUUGAUAUCCGAUAAUUUUUUGCAACAUAUAUCAUUUCAUUUAUUAAUCAAAUUCUUAAAAACUAAGAAACUCAAUUACAAUUUAAAAAAUAUCUUUCUUGUUUUAACAAGGCUUCCCCAUGGUAGUAGAUUAAAUGACCUCAAAUUAAGGCCAGUACGAAGUAACUGAAGAUGGUAAAAGUAAACUUUUCAUCACCCUUUCAAAAAUAUUUUUAAUUUUCCGUUGAUGCUCAUUUCUUGUUUUACGUUCAUUUAACUAAAAUCUGUAUAAAAAUUAUAACUACUGGCAUUGGCAGGCCCUAGACUCCGUUCUGCUGUGGGCAUGCAUGCGCAGUGUUGGAACCACCUAAUGUGUCAUUUUUGUGAUGAUCCGUGUUUCUGUGUAUUUAUUUUAA